UUGAUAUCCACCCUUCAGUUGCUUCCGAUCCCCUCUUUUCUUAUAUGGGAAAAAGAAGUUGAGUGAACAUCUAUGCCAACACAAAUAAGUGUUUCUAUUUGUUGCCCAUAAAUGUUACUGCUAAAUAUCUGUCAUCUGAUUUGGAAGUAUUUUCACAUUUUGUAUUUCUUUGCUUUGUUUAAUAAUGUUAUUUAAGAAAACAGUGCUCCGGAAAUUGAUCACGACUAUUUGGCGAGUUCCUAUCACACUGGAACAGUUUCUGGGCUUAUGUUGAUAUCUUCCUUCCUCGAAACCGUGUCGUUUAGUGGAGGAAAGGUGAAAGCAGCUGUAAUUGGUCUUGGAGCAGGGUUGCUUCCUAUGUUUCUUCAUCAGAGCCUUCAAUGUUUAAGCAUUGAGGUAGUUGAAUUAGAUGCUGUUAUCCUUGAUCUUGCUAGAGAUUACUUCGGUUACAAAGAAAGUGAUCACAAGAAGAUCCUUGAAAUGGAUACUUAUAGGAACCAUGAUCACUUUAUGUCCGAUCCUGGCAGCACAUAUCGUACACGUGAUGAGAUCAGUGGUAUUCGACAGGAGCGUGAUCCAAUUGAAAGAAUACGAAAGCUAAUACUAGCUCAUGACAUAGCUACUGAGAAAGAGUUGGAGGAUAUUGAGAAGGAAAAGCGAAAAGAAGUUGACGAAGCUAUUGCUCAAGCCAAGGAAAGCCCUAUGCCGGAUCCUUCCGAGCUAUUCACCAAUGUCUGCGUGAAAGGUUUUGGAAUUGAGAGGUUGUGGUAUGGAUUACAUGCUUAAAGUAUCAAGGGGGUGUUUGGUCAGGGGUUUAUGGGCUUGGUAAACGGGAAUGGGCUUCCCAUUCCAUAACAUUGUGUUUGGAUUAAAUUUUUAAGAGAGGAGAAUGGGAACCCAUACCUGUUAACACACACCUGGCCUCUACCCCGGGUUACCAAAAUAGAAUCGCAGUCCUCUCCGUCUCUCCUCUCCAUCUCUCCCAAUCUCUCUCCACACUCCGUCUCUACAUCAGAUUGCUCGAUAGUCAAAGCUGAUUCCAAGUAUGAAUACUGGAAGAGGGUAGAACAAGAGGAAUUGGAGUGAUGAGGAGGAUCGUGCACUCAUUGAAACUCUUCAAGAAGUGGCUAUUGAUAUAAAUUGGAAGAGUGAGAAGGGAUGGCGGGAUGGUUACUUGGUCCGGGUUGAAGAGUUGAUUUUAAAUAUUUAUAUUCAAUGAUUUUUUAAUACUCCCUCCAUCCCAAUUUAGAUGAGCCUUUUGCUCAUUUCACACAUAUUAAGAAGUAUUAAAUGGUUGUUUCUUUUUC